AUGGAGGAGCGCGCGGAUUGGUCGGGCGACGCGCUGGUGCGGCUGCUGGCCGAGUACAGGAAGCGGCCGGAGCUGUGGUACAAGGGGCACCGCCUCUACAGGGAGCACUCCGCCAAAUUUCCAAACGAUGACAUACAAAUGAAAGAAAUUUGGAUGAAUGCAACACAAAGGGGGGAUUUUUUUCCUUCAAACACCAGCGUCAUAUGUUCUAGACAUUUCAAGGCAGAUUGCUUUGAGAGUUUGAAAAACAAUAGACGACGAUUACGAAAGUCAUCAGUGCCUACUCUAUAUUUACCUAUUGUCGGUAAGGCGAGAGAGAGUGUCAGACUCUUACUGACUAAAAACGCCCCCGUUCCUUCUCCUGCUCUGGGCCGAGGUCGCGGUGCCUCAUUGCGCUUUCCCCGUAGCCCCGGCUGUGGCCCUAUUAGGCCCCGUCUGUGGUGGUCUAUUAUGGCCUCUUCCAAUUACGCAACGGAAUCGAGUUCAAGCGAGUCAUCUGAUGAUAACGAAGAGGAAGAGGAGGAGGAGGAAGAAGAAGAGAGACCGGAGGAUCGUGUACAGCAGGUAACAAUAAAACAGGAGCCGAGCACCUCGGAGACAUGCAGCGCGGCCGUGGUACAAGAGGAGCAGCCAUCCGCGCCCGCGCAGCCGAAGAAACGAAAACUACCGAGGGGCCUCGACGCCCUCGACAGCAAGCUGCAGGAGGCUCUGAAGAUAUUGAAGAAGUCAGACCUAUCGCGGAAGAAAGACGAGUGUGACACCUUCGGGGAGUACAUAGCGAUAUCGCUGAGGAAGCACGACGAGCGCACACAGAGCAUGAUCAAGCAAGCCAUCAACAACAUACUGUUUGAGCAGGGGUUGAGGAUCAGUACACCGUGCCAGCGCGGGGCAGUACACCGUGGUGCUCACCGAGGACGAUGA